UUUGUAAUAACUUAUAAAUUUUAAUCCAAUAACUGUAACCAGUUGGUGUGACUGACUGUUUCAAUCGAUAACGGGAAAUCCGUCACCGCCAUCUUUCUUUCUCUUCUCAAAUGUCAAUUUGGUGAACACGCGUUUGUUGGUGAAUUAUUUCCAAUAAACCAUCAUGGCACCAAGGUACGAACUCGCUAUCGGUCUACAAAGGGGACACAAGACAACAAAAAUUCCUUCUGGGAAGACUAAAGCUGAUAAGGUUCGUCCUGCACGGUUGAAGGGGCACCAAACUAAACAUUCAAAAUUUGUUCGCGAUCUCAUUCGUGAGGUCGUUGGACACGCUCCCUAUGAGAAACGUGCUAUGGAAUUGUUGAAAGUGUCGAAAGACAAGCGAGCCCUCAAGUUUUUGAAACGUCGUCUUGGCACUCACAUCCGUGCCAAAAGGAAGCGUGAAGAAUUGUCCAACAUUCUUACACAAAUGCGUAAAGCACAAGCUCACGCUAAGUAAUUGUAUUUUUAAGUUUUUGACAUUAAAAACAUAACGCAAAA